GGGGGGCAGCGGCAGCAGUGCCCGCCCCAAUUGGGAGCCGAGGAGGAGGUCGUCCGCUUGCCCCUCUUUGGCUGCUCCUCCGGAGAGAGGCCUGGCCGGGUCAGGCCGGGUCUGAGCCCCUCUUUUCUCCGCCCGGCGGACUGUCUGCUUCCUUCAACCCAAGCUCAACAGGCCCUGAAGCGGAGAGCGAUCGGCGGCGCUGGCGACGGCAGAGCGCCUCCGCCUGCUGCCGCUGCCUGUGUUUCCAGCCAGACGGCCGUCUCCGAGUUUGCUUUGCCGCCCGAGAACCCAGAGGGACAAAAAGCAGGCGGUGAGAGAUCCGCCGCGAACGUGAGAAUGAACCACCAGCGGCAGGCAACGAAAAUGUCUGCCUCCCCGCCGCCGGUAGCCGGGGAAGAGCAUUUGACGGGCCGGCGAAGGAAGCUGGAGUCCAUGAUCCGGGACCCCCGAUCUCCGGUCAAUGUGGAAAGUUUGUUGGAUGGUUUAAAUUCCUUAGUUCUUGAUCUGGAUUAUCCAGCACUGAGGAAGAACAAAAACAUAGAUAAUUUCCUUAACAGAUAUGAGAAAAUUGUAGAAGGAAUUCGUGGUCUUCAAAUGAAAGUGGAAGAUUAUGAUGUUGUUAAAAUAAUUGGAAGAGGUGCAUUUGGUGAAGUACAGCUGGUUCGCCAUAAAAUAACACAGAAAGCUUAUGCCAUGAAGCUUCUAAGUAAAUUUGAAAUGCUCAAAAGGUCAGAUUCGGCUUUUUUCUGGGAAGAGAGAGAUAUAAUGGCCUUUGCCGACAGUCCAUGGGUAGUUCAGCUUUUUAGUGCCUUUCAAGAUGACCGAUACCUAUACAUGGUAAUGGAAUACAUGCCAGGUGGUGAUCUUGUCAACCUCAUGAGCAAUUAUGAUGUGCCUGAGAAGUGGGCCAAAUUUUUCACAGCUGAAGUGGUCCUUGCUCUCGAUGCAAUUCAUUCCAUGGGCUUGAUACACAGAGAUGUGAAACCUGAUAAUAUGCUUUUGGAUAAAUAUGGACAUCUGAAGCUUGCAGAUUUUGGUACUUGUAUGAAAAUGGAUGAC